GUGAUGUCCCGUCACGAAUAAGUGGCGCGGCCUCAGGUGGUCCAAAAGAUUACCACGCGGAUCCAUUGCACUUGGAGCCGGUUGGCGCACAGCUCGUGGAAGCCUUUUACGUUCAUUUUGACAUGACGCGGAUUGCCUUUUCGCAAGAUCCGUCAAUCGACACAAUCUUCUUCGAUUUGGUGAUCGACAACUUUCAAUUUGACUGUCUUCUUCCGGGCCGGAAAGAUUUUGAUGUCCAAGACCGAACCACUGGCGAGACGACAAAUGUCGGCAUCAUGUCGUCCUCGCUAGCAAGAAGUGGAAAUGCUAAUUCCUACACCAAUGGUAAGAAACGACUGGAAUUACAGAACAUCGGCGGAAGGUUAGGAGAGGUGCAACGACGUGGUAAAAAUUUUGGCGCCCGAACAAAAAUGCUCCCGUUUGCGGCUCAGCCGGCGCUAAGGCGCACGCGAUCGGAUCUGCGGUCGGUAAGGUCUGAUGCUGGUGGAGCGAGCGAGCAGCGUCUUGUUGAAGAAGAUCCUCACAUGAGCGCGAAGCUUUCCGCAACUAGUGGAUUCUAUGAAGGAGCCCCAGACGGCGGAGGAAAUGUAAAUGACAAGCGAAACACGAAACACCUGUUUUCCACAUCUGCGACGGGAUACUUUACCGGCGAGGAGCAGGACGAUAAUCCUACGAGCACGAUGACACCAAUUGCUGACUACAAUUUUCAACAACGCGGGAGUGCGAGCGCCGAUGAUCGGCAUAUCGACGCGUCUCUCGGCUUCGAUGCGACUUUUCAGCGAGCCAGUUUUGACGACAUGGAGAUAGAAAAUCUUGGCUUCGAAGACGAGAUGUCGACCAAUGGACGACGCAGCACAAGACCAGCAGAGCCCGCGCAAGUUCGCAACCAUUCCGUGAUUCUCGCCUGUCGCAAGUACCGCGAGUGCUUUCUCACGGUUCAAGGGUACAAGCACGGUUGCAGUUCGGCGGACAGUCUGUUUCGCAAUGUGAAGUUUCAACUCGACGACCUGGAGAUGUCGCUGGACGCCGAUGUUCUGAACUUCAUGGCCGCGUGGAACGAGGUACCGCUAGGACUCACCGCCGAAGAAGAGCUCGUCAUGCUCUUCGGUGAC